UUACAUAUGAUUGGUUUAAUUUUGGGCAGCAUAAAGGAGUAAGAGAAAAAACACCUGAGCUUGAACUAAUCACAGAUAUAAUACCUAGUGGUUUACAAACACCAAUCUUAAGUGUUGUCUCAUCAACAAAAAAGCUUAACACCAUUCUAAAACAGAAUUCUUAUGGAAUGAAACCCAAAAAAGAAAUACAUGCUAAAGAAGAGGCAAAUAACAGUAGUUCAGAAUCGGAUUAUGUAGAGGCUAACAGUAUACUAAAACACAUGGUUCCAAGUUCAAAAACCAAGAAAAAAGUUAUGUUUGCAGAGGAGGCAGAUAAGAAAAGUUCAGAAUCAGAUGAUGUAAAGGUUACCUUUUCUCAGAAAGAAACAACCAGUAGUGCUUCUCAGUUUUCAAAGUUAGCACAAGCUGAAAAGCGAAAGUCUGUAGCCGUACGAAUUGCUCCUUACAAGAGAGAUGUACCAAAUAGUCCUGGAAAACAAAAGACUUAUUCAUGGAAAUCUAAAGCAACAAAUAAAAAGGCAAAGAUGGAAGAAAAAAUUGCUAAUGAUUUAUUCUUCAGCAGUGAAGAUAAUGAGAAGAAUGAAUUAAGUUCUAAGGUUGAAUUCACAAGAAAAAAUCACGAGACUCCAAAAAAAGUGAUGACUCAAUCAAGAAAGUUUUUUAAAUCACCUCGUUCUGCCAGGAAAUUUGAUGAAACCAAAUCUACAGCAAACAUAUCUUGGAUUGAUAUGGAUACAUCUUAUGGACUUUUUACUGAUUAAAAAAGUUAUAAAGUUGUCUAAUGUGUAAUUCACAACUAAAGCCAUUACACAUAACAAAUUUCAGCUAUUAAAAUUUGUAAAAAUUUUAUGAUUAACUAAUUACAUACAUAAAAUUAAAUUAAAAAUAAAGCACAAAGUUAUAAUUUCUAAACUAAAAUGUCUGCAAUAAUACUAAUAGCACCCAAAAGGUUGUGUUUUUUUAAUAUAUCUGGUAAAGAGAAUAUUUCCAACACUUGUGGGUGCUAUUAUCACAGACAUUUUUCCAUAAAAAUUUUAGCUUUUACACUUUAAGGACAAAUGGUAUGAUUUUUAAUUUUGUUUUAUAUAUAUAGUUAGUAAUUCAUAAAAUUUGGAAAGUUUAUAUAGUUGAAAUUUGUUAUAAGCAAGGCUUGAGUUUUGAAUUUCACAGUAGACAUUCGGUUUUGGUUUAUAUGUAUAUAAUGAAUAUAU